CAACCUUUAAUAAAGGCCAAUUAUUAUAUAAUUUGACAUUUCAAAAAACCUAACGUCAAUGUCAAGCAACUAACAAUAAAUAAGUAAAAAAAUCAUUUCCAACAAAUAAUAUGUUAAAAGUAUUAACCGGGGUGUGCUCUAAAGUGGGAGCAACUUUGAGCAAAAGAUCCGUACAAACUUGUUCCGUUUUGCAACAUGAUAAUCUAUUUGUACAUAGAGAUACACCUGAGGAUAAUCCAGGAAUUAAUUUUGAAUUUUCAUCUGAAAAUCAAAAGAGGGUAGAAGCAAUCCUAGCGAUUUACCCCGAAGGCCACAAGCGAGCCGCAAUGAUCCCCUUGUUAGAUUUAGCUCAGAGACAGCACGGGUGGCUGCCGAUAUCCGCCAUGCACAAAGUGGCCGAGAUAUUGAAUUUACCGAAUAUGAGGGUUUACGAAGUCGCCACGUUUUACACCAUGUUUAUGAGAAAACCUACUGGCAAAUAUCACGUUCAAGUGUGCACCACGACUCCUUGCAUGCUAAGAGGAUCUGAUAAGAUAUUAGAUACUAUUAAGAAGGAAUUGUGCAUUGGAGUCGGUGAAACUAGCGAAGAUAAACAGUGGACUCUAUCCGAGGUGGAAUGUUUAGGAGCUUGCGUUAAUGCCCCAAUGGUCCAAAUUAAUGAUGAUUACUACGAAGAUUUAACUGAGAAAACUACGAAAGAAAUAUUGGAUGAAAUAAAGGCUGGAAAGAAACCGGCUCCUGGACCAAAGAAUGGUCGAUUUGCUGCAGAACCCAUUGGAGAACCAACGUCAUUAAAAGAACCACCUCCAGGACCGGGAUUUGGUGUUAGAAAAGAUUUGUAAUCGGAAUUUCUAAGAAUAAAAAAUUAGUCACUACAA